GAACAACUCGCCGAUCAUCGAUUGAUGUGCUCGAAAGUAUCAAAGCAUAUGGUCAACCAGCAACUUGGUGUUAAAAGCUAUUAAUUCAAUUUAUUUGUAUCGACUAAAAGUGUAUUUAACACAAUUACGCUUGCCGUUUAUUUUCAAGCACACUUCAAUUUGAGAGGGUAUCUGUAAACUAUUAAAAUACAAAUUUGUCUAUGGUCUUUUGCUAUUAUAUAGAGACUUAAAGAGCAUUUAGCUUGGGCUUUUGUUUGCUGCACUAAUGUUGCACAAAUCGAUUAUUUCGUUGUUUACAUUUCCUUCAUUCACUCUCGCCAACGCGUUAGGGUUCGAAUCCCACAAGUGCCACAAAAGAAAUAUUCGAAUUGGGCAAUUUCUGACAAUUUGUUCGAUGAAAUAGGCCAUCUGAGAUCUCAACGAGCUGAACAAAUUCAUUAACACUUCAUUAAAGAUUGCUAUUUACUUGGUAAUACGUCCUCGUCGGUGUUUUAUAUAAUACCGCGCUUCGACCGAGGAAUAGCCUGCCGACUUCGAUGGCCAAAAACAGUGUCUAAGAUUAACAAGACGGGUUAAAACAGCAAUUUUACGUUACUUUGAAGCCAUUUUCUGUACAUUUAUUGACUUUCUGCUAAAAUUUGAUAUCGGAAAACUGUCAGUUUAAAUUGUACAUGGCAUCCUCAAGUACUGAGAAUCAAAUGGACGAUCAGAUUGGCGAAAAGAAACCGAUUCUGGAGAAAGAAUCUGUAGAGGAGAAAAAUGACACUGACAUUCAUGCAGAGAUAAAAGACUCGAUCGUCGAGACGGAAAAUAACACAGAAUCAAAGACGUCAGAAACGACGACUUCUUUGGCAAAAAACCCUGUCGUUAACAAAAAGCGGUUAUACAGUGAGUUAGAGAAAACAGGAAUUAGUCUAAAAUCUAUAAAGGUUACAGAAAAACCAGCUGCCAUUGAAGAAAAGAAAGGCGUUAUACGAUUUUGCGUAGUCAACAAUGAUAACAAUCCCGAGAGCUUUGUCAUUUUGACGGGUUUAAAAAACAUUUUUAUGAAGCAAUUGCCGAAAAUGCCAAAGGAAUAUAUAACGCGGCUGAUUUACGAUCGCAACCAUUUGUCUAUGACCAUCGUGAAAGGCGGAUUAAACGUCGUGGGUGGUAUUACUUAUCGGCCCUUUGAACAGCGUGGAUUUGCUGAAAUUGUUUUCUGUGCAAUUGCUUCCUCAGAACAGGUUCGAGGAUAUGGUGCUCAUCUAAUGAACCACUUGAAGGACUAUGUACGCGGAACCACUAGUAUUCAGCAUUUUCUCACAUACGCUGAUAACUAUGCCGUUGGUUAUUUUAAAAAACAAGGAUUUACUAAAAAUAUCACGUUAGACAAAAGCUUGUGGAUGGGUUAUAUUAAAGAUUACGAGGGUGGUUCAUUAAUGCAAUGUUCUAUGCUUCCCCGAAUCAAAUACCUUGAGUCUAAUCUAAUUCUUGCCGUUCAACGAGCCGUGGUUCUUGCAAAAAUUGCUAAACACACCCGAUCAAACAUUGUGUACCCAGGCCUAGAGCAGUUCAACAAUGGUGCCACUCAUAUUGACCCGAACGAUGUUCCUGGACUUAAAGAGGUUGGUUGGUCAGAAGAAAUGGAGAAGCUUGCUCAACAGCCUCGCAGAAAACCUUUUUUUCCUGUAUUAGAAAUGCUUUUCACGGAAAUGCAAGCUCAUCCCUCUUCGUGGCCUUUUGCACAACCUGUUCGGAAAGAGGAUGUUCCUGAUUACUACGAUGUCAUCAAGAAUCCCAUGGAUCUUUCUACCAUGGAAUUUAAGCUUCGUAACGAUAAGUAUGAAUCAGUACAAGAGUUUAUACGUGAUGCCAAGUAUAUAUUUGACAAUUGCCGAUCUUACAAUGACUCUAAUACAACAUACUAUAAAAACGCCGACAAGCUGGAGAAAUUCUUCAUGCAAAAACUCCGUGAAACAGAGUAUUCGAACUUGGCAGAUGCUUGGUCGAACUAGUCAGAUUAACGGCAGCCUUUAUCUCCAGAACACGCAUCUCCCUUAUGAUAAUGUACUUACACCGUUUUUUGUUUGUCCUCUCUUUUUCAUUUUUGCUUUAUAGUCAACUUAAAAC